AUGAAGUUCUGCAAAAAAUACCAAGAGUACAUGCAAGGACAAGAGAAUCAAAUGCCUGGGGUUGGCUUCAAGAAGCUUAAGAAGAUAUUGAACAAGUGUAGGAGGGAUGUUCAAUCCAAGAAACACCUCCAUGGUCAUGGGGCUUUUCUUGACCUUCAAUCUUGCCUUCGCCAUUGUCCAGUUUGCGACGGGACCUUCUUCCCGUCCCUUCUCAAGGAAAUGUCUGAUGUAGUAAACUGCUUCAAUGAGCGUGCCCAGAAAUUGCUUGAACUACACCUUGCUUCUGGCUUCAGAAAGUACUUCAUUUGGUUCAAGGCCAAGCUUCAAGGAAGCCAUAUUGCCUUGAUUCAAGAAGGGAAGGACCUGGUUAACUAUGCAAUGAUUAAUGCUAUCGCUAUCAGGAAAAUACUCAAGAAAUAUGAUAAGGUUCAUUACUCCAAACAAGGGCAAGCCUUCAGGUCACAAGCACAAAGCAUGCACAUUGAAAUCUUUCAAUCACCAUGGUUAUGUGAGCUCAUGGCUUUCCACGUAAAUUUGAGGGAAACAAAGGCCAUAUCAGGGAAGGCCCCUGCUUUGUUUGAGGGCUGUUAUCUCACUUUCAAUGAUGGCAAACCAUUCCUGUCGUGUGAACUCUUUGAUUCUGUCAAGCUUGAUAUUGACUUGACUUGCUCUAUUUGUUUAGAUACAGUGUUUGAUCCAGUAUCUCUCACUUGUGGCCAUAUAUUCUGCUCCAUUUGCGCUUCUUCAGCUGCAUCAGUGACCAUUGUUGAUGGACUAAGAGCAGCCAAUCCAAAAGAAAAGUGUCCUUUAUGUCGAGAGGCGGGAAUUUAUGAAGGUGCUGUACAUUUGGAUGAGCUUAGUAUAUUGUUGAGGAGAAGCUGCCGUGAAUACUGGGAGCAGCGACUUAAGAAGGAAAGAGUGGAGAGAGUUCGGCAGGCAAAGCAACACUGGGAAUCCCAGUGUCAGGCAUUCAUUGGACUCUGAUUAUCACUUCCUUCUUUUCCCCUGUAAAUCCUUUUUUU